AUGAACCUGACAGAAGAAGAGAUCCGAGAACGAGCAAGGGAGAUCUUCAACAAGUACGAUGAGGAUGGGUCCGGGCAGAUAGACUUCGACGAGCUGAAGGCUCUGAUGACUUCGCUUCACAUACAAGUUUCUGACGAAGAGUUGACGCACAUGGCGGCUGAGUUAGACGUUGAUGGCAGUGCUGAGAUCGAGAUCCUCGAAUUCGAGGAGAUGCUGUUCAAGAUGUAUCACAGCAAAGACAAAGAAGUUGAGAAAGCUAGAGAGGUGUUCAACAGGUUCGACAAAGACGACAGCGGGGCUCUUGAUCCCAGCGAGUUCCGACUUUGCCUGAGAGAUCUAGGGGAGAAGUUGACUGAGGGAGAGUUCCGAUGGCUGCUCGCUCAGAUCGACAAAGACGGGACUGGACAGAUCGAGUUCGAAGAGUGA